AUGGCUGCAGCCUCAUCAAAGCUCUUUCAGGCUUUGUUCCUCCUCGGCUUCUUCGCAGCCACAGCAAACGCCCAACUCAAAGUUGGCUACUACGCCAAGACUUGCCCAAAUGCUGAGGCAAUUGUGAAGAAGGUGAUGGAUCAGGUCAUGGAUGUGGCUCCUAGCCUCAGCGGCCCUUUGCUCAGGAUGCACUUCCAUGACUGCUUCGUUAGGGGUUGUGACGGUUCACUUUUAAUAAACUCCACAAAGAACAACACAGCUGAGAAGGACUCUCCCCCUAAUUUCACCCUAAGAGGGUAUGGAGUCAUCGACAGGGUUAAGGAAGCCCUCGAGAAGGAAUGCCCCGGAGUCGUUUCCUGCGCCGAUACCUUGGCCAUAGUAGCCAGAGACGUUACAGUUGCGACGAAAGGGAUGUACUGGGAAGUCGAGACCGGGCGAAGAGACGGGAGAGUGUCGAUCCUGACCGACGCCUUCACCCUGAUCCCGCCGUCGGCCAACAUCUCGACCUUGAUCUCCGGCUUCAAGGCUCGAGGGCUCUCCGUCAAGGACCUGGUGGUGCUACAAGGCAGCCACACCAUCGGAAUCUCCCACUGCUCCUCCUUCACCAACAGAAUCUACAACUUCACCGGGAAAGGCGACGUGGACCCGACGCUGGAUUCGGAGUACAUCCCAAAGCUCCGGAGCAAGUGCAGGUCGCCGGCCGACCAGACCACGGUGGUGGAAAUGGACCCGGGAAGUUUUAAGACUUUUGACGACGGGUAUUUCAAGCUCGUCGCUAAAAGGAGGGCUUUGUUCGAGUCCGACGCGGCCAUGCUGGAUAACGCUGAGACCAAGGCUUACGUGGAGAAGUCGGUGACCGCUGGAUCUACUUUCUUGAAGGACUUUGGGGAAUCGAUGGUCAAGAUGGGCAGGAUCGGUGUGCUGACUGGGCGUGCUGGAGAAAUCAGGAAAGUCUGUUACAAGAUUAACUAA